UCCUGCGUGCGCUUUGGGGUCCUUUGAGCUUCACAAUGAUGAACGGCUUGGUGGAAUCGGACAUGAUGAUCAAGUCUGGUCAGAGCCGCGUAGACGUCCUGGCUGGGAAUUCCAGUUGUCAGUCAGUGGCGGAGAUGAGAAGGCCAGACUUCAUCCGUGGUUGAGUGUUGGGCUUUUGAAAGUGAUGGUCUUUGGCUUGCGGUGGCCCUUGAUGGUGUUGGUGGCUGUCACGACGCUGUUAGCAACCUUUUGCAGCUGUUAACAACCUAAGCAUCUAAAUAGUAGUGCACAUCUCCAAGGGCUUUUGGAAAGCUGCUGAGAGGAUCCCCAUGCUGGACACGGGAGACAGGAUGGUGUCUAUGUAGUCCCCCAGACAUGGAGGUUGACUGGACUUUAUGGGACGUUCUAACAGCCUGAACUAAAAAUCUGACGUGAUUGAAGUCUGCUUUCCAGAUAUUGCACCAAGUGAUCUUUUGUUGCUAAACAUUCUCCUUGUUGCCCCAUUCCCACUAUCCUGCUCGCUUGUUCUUCCUCCACACCUUCCAGCACUUCCUCCUGAACGAGAUGUUGUGCUCUGCCUUUGGCCUUUUCCACCGUGUUGCCGGAAAGUCGCCAGUUCCUGCACACCCUGUGGCUAUGGACCGCACCAGUGCCUUCUACCUCAGUCGUGACUCAACCGCCUCCAGAGCUUUGUCUGCCCUCCAUUUCUGCCUGUUCGCACCUGGAUGCCAGCCGAUGCCACCUCUUGAUUCCUUGCACUGCACUGUGCUGGACGUCAUGGAGGUACGUGUUUUAAAGUCAGUGUUUAGUAGAAGAAAUACCGUGUCCGCAUAUUGUAGUCUCUUUACAAUUUACAAUGAAAUUCAUGGAACAUGUUGAUCAGAUUUGUUCUACGCACUCUUCUAUGUUAUUUGGCUGCAGUGCUCUGUGUGCGGCUGCUUCUGUCUGUUCAGCUGCACCGCAGAAACUCCAUAGUCUAAAAUAAUGGAGCUCAGAAAACGUGAGCCCAGUUGUGUGCAUCUUUAACGUGUGUCUGCUGAUGGCUAAGAAUAAGAUUAGAAGAUAUUCAAUUUGCUGUCGUCUCCACCACAGUCCAAUCCUUCUUCACUGUGUCCUGUCUUGGCAUCCUUUGCAUUUUCUAUCUGUCUUCCCUUCAUUCUCUCAUCCUCUCGGAUGCUACCUCCCCUUCUCUCUCCCUCCCACUCUCCUCUCAAUGACUGCCUGAGUCAGCUGGCUUUACCAGUGAGUGAAUGCUGCUACUGGAGGUGCCGUAUCCUGCAGAGAACCUUGUGUGUGUGUGUGUGUGUGUGUGUGGACACAGAUGGGAAAGCUACUGAGUCAGAAAGGCUGACUCUCAUCACGAUCCUUCACUCCUCUGCUGCCAUGGAGAUCGAGCAGGCUGAAUCACAGCAGCGUCUGCACAAAGGGCUGAGGUGCUAUCGAACCCGCCCCCAAAAUUGAUGGACAUCAUCGGGCAGCGGUAACAUUAAGAGAAAACAUGACACACAAGUUCCGCUGUCAGUCAGACGGCUGGGACCCCCAGUCCCCACCCUUGCUGACCUGGUACCUGAACGGGGAGCAGCAGAGGGCGCUCUCUCCAAAAGGUGGUGGGGUGGUGACGUCCCAUAAAGACUCUGUGGUGAGGAGAUCAGGAGCCAAUCAGAGCAACAGCUCAUUCUCCCUGCAGGCCAGAAAAUGGGACAGGGAGUUAGUGUGUGUGGCGAUGGACCCCAAGUCUGGAGAGAGCUACAACGCCACGGUCACUCUCAACGUCCAGUUUCAGCCGGAGAUCCUCAGGGUCAGCGCACACUACAGUGAAACCUCAGACCCCGGCCUUAUCUUAGUCCUCUUUGCUCUGGUUCAGUCUAACCCGCCUGCCACCUUUGCCUUCGUGGACCAGUCCGGCCAGCUGGUGGCCAAUACUUCAGACAUCCUCCUCCUUGACUCGCAUAGCUACCCCUGGCUGACCAAUCACACGUUGAAAGUCACACUCAGCAGCCUAUCGGGGAAUAUCUCGCUGAACGCCAGCAACAGCGUUGGCACGGCGCAAAGCAACCUCACACUGGCAGAGUUCCUCCAGUCUCGUGUGGAAGUGCCGAUGCUGGGAAUCGUUACUGGAGGGGCAAUGGCCUUCAUGGCCCUUCUCAUCCUCAGCCUGAUGGUCCUCUGCCUCAUGCAAAAAACAAAAAGCAAGUCCAUCGACGAUUCAGUGGAGAUUGUGAUGACCAAGAAAAGUGACUCGACCAAUCUUAAAGCAGGGCGGUCUUACAUCCCGAGAGAGAACAUGUCGCUGCCUUCCAACAUGCAGCUAAAUGACCUCAGCACUUUGAAAAAAGCACGAGACACCAGCCAGCAAAACAGUGGUGGACAGAAGAAGAAAGAGGAAGAGGAUGAAGACCUGUCUUUAGCAUAUGCUGCCAGAGGGUUUGCAAGGUAUCCAAUGGUGGGAUACAUCUACAAGGUGAACAGCACAAGCAGUGAGGAGAUCUGGCUCUGACCGGCCUCAAACACAAUACACCUGCUAUAUACAAUAUGCAUGCAUAUGGAAUUUAACUGCAAAAAGAGUCCCCGCCCUCCAUUUCUCGAUCAAACAAUCACAAUGUUUUCUUUCUGCAACUCAAACAUGCAUUUUUUUUGUGGCUUUUUGCAACAUGAACUCUUGGGUGUUCAUAAAUAGGAUGUCUCAGCAAAGCGUGCGUGAACACCUAAAUUACUGUUUGUUGCUACAUACUACGCGUUUGGACACGCCAUCUGUAACCAUGCUGACUGUGUUAUCUUCCAUGCUGUUGUUACUGGAAUGCAUUCAUUGUCCAACGCAUACUGCAGAAUAUCCUGCAACUAUCCUGUAUGUGAGAAAUAUGGACUUGAUACAAAGUAUGUAUGUACUUAUAUAUGCACAUGCAACAUGUCACGUAAUGUAUAUUUGCUUGCAUAUGUACAUGUGUAUACUGUACUACGUAGUAUUGAAUAAAGAUGACAAGAGUAA